AUGGGUCUCCAGACCAUCUACGUGGUGAGGCACGGCUUCCGACAAACAUGGCCGGAUAGUGAAGGUCAAGCCGCACGAGAGCAAGGCAUCUUUGGCCCGGCGGACGCAUCCCUCUCACCGCACGGAUUCGAUCAAGCGACUGAGCUGGCGGCAUAUGCGAUCAGGCUGAAUCCUCCUGUCGGCGCCAUCUACUCGAGCCCCAUGAUCCGAUGUUUACAAACGGUUGCGCCCACCGUCAAUCGCGCUGCUGAAGAGGGAAAGAACCGAAUUCCCCUGCGCAUCGAGCAUGGACUAGGCGAAUGGUUCGGCGCUGAUGGCGCUCACGACUACACGCCGUCUUCUCUCUCGGCAUUGAAAGACCAAUUCCCGGCUUGUUCGUCGGAUUAUGUUUCCCUGUCGCCGCCCAUCCUCCACGGCGAAGAUGUCGAGCAGCUCCACAACCGCCUUGCUGGAAUCUUGACCCAUCUGAUUGCACGAGCCGACGAAGAGGGGCAUAGUGCGAUUCUGCUCUGCAGCCACGCCGCCGUGGUGGUCGCCAUUGGCCAUGUGCUCCUCGGUCGUGUUCAUCAGGAUGUUACGACCAAGGCCAUUGGAGCUUUCACCUGUGGCGUUUCAACCUACACCAGGAACCUGGAUGCUCCGAAUGUGAUCAAGACUUUGUCCAAGGCUGACAACGAGCAUCUCGGCCUGUGGUCGCUAACCGUCAACUGCGAUUGUUCAUUCUUGACAAAUGGCGCCGAGCGAGGCUGGCGCUUCUCCGGUUUGUCGCGUUUCACUAGGAAGCCCCUUGAGCUUGGUGAUGAAGUCGAUGAUGGAACCGGUCUGGGAGUGGUUGUCAAUGCGUCCUCUGCGACCUUGGGCAAGUGA